AUGGCCGAGCAGAGGCGGCCUAACUGCUUCCUAGCAGGGCCAGUCUUUCCAUGCCACACCGCGAACCCUAGCCUGAGUUCAUCUUGCGAUGGCGCAAACAAAAUCGAAUUGCCAAUUCUGCUUUGCUUCCGCACACAAUCUGCGUCAUCGGCGAACUGGGCGGCAAGGACGCGCAGAUGUCGCUCCCAGCUUCGUUCUGGCACCACCGCCACCGCCAACCAUGCCAGUGACAAUGCACCCACGCAUUCCUCAGCCUCUCCGCUAUCUCUAUCACCGGACAAAACGGCCGCCAGCGACUGGCCACAACAUGGCCGUACAGGCAUCAUCGGUAGCAGCACCAGCAACCCCUUCCACAGCAGCUGCUGCACUGACGCUGCAACGACCUGCCGGCCUUCAAUCAACGGCUUUUUGUUGAGCACCUUGCACGUGAUGUGCCGUACGGUCGCGUCCGUCACGAUUGCAAACCACGUUGGCUCCGCGCCGCCGCUGCAGCCGCCGCACCCCCGGCUUCCCACUGGCCUCCUCCCCGUACCUCUGGAUGAGCAGUCUAGCAUUCCCCCCCCGGGCCGGCAAGCAGAGGCUACAGCUCUAGGGGCUGCAACUGCCGGCGUGUCUGGUGGCUAUAGCAGUAGCAGGAGCGACAGUGGCAUUGACAGUAUGAACAUCGGAAGCGGACCUAGCGAUGGCAAUGGCGGCGGCGGCGCCGCCGCCGCCGCCGCCACCGGCUGGGCGGCGCCGCCAUCGCACUUCCACUCCCACUCGCACUCGCCGUCCUGUGGCACGUAUCCCCCACAGCCGCUCUUCAGCCUCGCCAGGGUGAUUGAAGCCGAUGAUCCAGAUGAUCCGAAGCAGCGGCUCCGGAACCAGAUCCAGAAGCGGCGGCAACCUGGUUUCGGAGCGGACGGAGGGAGCGGUGGAGGUGGAGGUUCCGUGGAUUUGCGUUCCGGUGCAGACCUGGAUCUGGAUCUGGAUCGAGCACAGAGGGUCCUUGCGGAGCUCAUGCGCGACGGCGGAGGGGGAGAUCUCCGACCGACGGAGGGCGACGCCGGGGAGGCGGGGAGCCCGGGUGGUGGCGGAGGCGGCGUAGCGGCGGAGGUGGAGGCGGAGGCGACCCUGUCUAGAUUGGAGUGCGGGUUCUGCCGAGGACGACUCGGCGGCGGCGGCGGCGGGAGCCGCAGUUGGCGGCGCUCCAAGGGCGGUGCCGUACUGCUGUGCGACGGCUGUCACCGCGGCUUCCACGAGCAGUGUUGUCGUUAUCGGGGGCUCGAUAUCCGGCCACGGAGGCGGCGGCGGCUGGGGGGCCAGGGGCUGGCGGCGGCGGCCGGCGCUAGCGAGGAGGGCGGCGGCGGCGGUGGCUGUACGGCGGAGUGGCACCAUUGCAAGGACUGUGCCGAGGUGGCGAGCCUGUGGAGGUCAAGAGCGGCUGCCGGGCCCGGGCCCGCACCAGGGGGACGAUCCUGGAUGCUGGCGGCGACGAAACUGGACGGGAUGUACGGCAAUGUACGGCAAGAGGGCCUGGAGGCGCUGCAGCAGGUAAUGGGGGUUGUCAGCGCCGCAACCAUGGAUGUGUACGGAAGGGAGGUGGUGGUGAUGGAUAUUGCGGCAACUGCGGAUGAGGCCCAAGGGAAGGGCCAUUUCAGGCCAUGCCAUUUUUCUAAUACGCGACCAGGAAGGCGAUCCUGUGUUGUUCGGGCAGUGGAGACCGAGCCAAGUCCUUUGGACUCCAUUUCACUCAAGUCGAUAGAAGACCUGGACACCAACUACUGCGACGACUUCCUGUGCACCUCCUCACCCGCGGUGGAGCAAACGGUCCGCAGCCUAGCCAGGGAGCUCAAGCGGGGACGAUACACAACCACCAGCCUCUACCAGCCCGGCGUAACGUACUCGGAUGGCUUCCGCACCUUCACUGGCCCCGAGGGCUUCACUCGGCAGCGCUGGGUGGCGGAUAAUGUGCAGGAGCCCAGCCUGACAAUCGUCAAGAUGCGCAUGCUGGACAAGGGUACAAGCGAAAUCAGUUGGCGGUUGGUUGGGCGGUUGGGCGGCAUACUGCUGGACGUGUCUUUCAACACCACAUGCGAACACAACCUACUAACGGGCCGCAUCACGUCACUGCGGGAAAGCUGGGACCUGUCGCGCUGCCCACCGCCAGCCGCUUUGCUGGCGACUUUUAACCGCUACAGCUGGUCCGCGAAGCAAGCUGUAGCAGACGCGCGUGACGGCGCCGGCAAAGCGCUUCAGAAGCUGGGCGGUGGCGGCGGCGACGGCACCUCCACCAACUUACCGGCCGAUCCGACACGGUUCUACCAAGGAGGCGACACAGGCAACCAGGACAUCAUUGCUGUGGGCUUCCUGAUCGCGCUGCUUUACCUGGCCUUCAAGCUGUUCGGAGCACUGGAGAUGUUGGGUUGA